GUACAAUCCAUGUGAAAAAUAUAAAUCGUUUGAUUCAUAUAGAAAGUAGAACCGUGCUUGAAUAAUUAUGUGAUAAACAUUAGAAAUACAUUUGUUAUCGAUGGCGUAACCGAUGCAAUGCUUUGAAUAAAGUAAACGUGGUUAGUCUAGAUAUCAUAGGAUUGUUGGUCAAAUUUGACUGAAAGCGCCUAAAAGCACUUGGCGCUUAUUUUGCCCUAUUUAUUGUUAGUGUGCACAUUUUAGUCCAGUUGAAGUUGAAAUAAUUACAGAGCGUACGAUAUGUCUACAGAAAACUUACGACGAUCGUCCCGAAUACAAGCUCGCGUAAAAGAAAAUAAACGAUACAAAAAAUACUCAUCAUCCUCUUCAGACGAUGAUCCUGGAGUAGUAAAUUUAACGAGAGAGGAACUUGAGGAUAUAGAAGAAAAUAUUCGAAAACCAGUUGAAUUAUUUGCAAAUGAUGAUAUAAGUGGACAAGCAUUGUUCAAAUUCCAAACAUCCAGUAAAAGAACUGCUAUGACACAGAAGGCAGAACAGUGUCGUACUCCUGGUAAUGUAACAAAAGGACAGUUAUCUGUAGCUAAAGUUGUUCUUGAAAAAAUUUAUGUACAUGGCAAAGAUUCAUCAAAGACACCUAAGAAAGGUCAAGGGAUUGCAAAAGUUCCUGUUGGAAGAAAACAUGAAUCUGGAUUAACUUCUAGCGAGAGUGAAAGUGUAUCAGAACCUAGUGAUUUUGUACCAUCCGAUGAAACUGAAUACGAAACAAGUGGUUCUGAGAGUGCUGUGUCCAGUAAUGACGAAGCACGUGAAAAUAUAAAAAGGAUUUCCAGACAAAAAUUGAUACUACAAUCUAACUUAAUAAAUACACCGAAGAGAAUAAAUAGAACAAAUAAACCUGCAAUUAUUCAUAAAGAUUUUCAUAUGUGCACUGAUGAAUACUUCGCAACGCAAUCAGAAAAAGUAGUUACGUCCGAUAGGACGCUCGAACACUUACGUAAUUCACGUUUAACAAAAGAAAAAUUGGAACAGUUAUUAACAAAUCAAAACUAUGUUUCUGUACAACAUAAAAGGAAUAUUUACUCAUUAACUAAGAGCUAUGCGAUGUUAUUUCCCAUGUGGUACUUUAUUAUGGAGCAAGGGUAUACUGUGUUACUGUAUGGUUUAGGAUCAAAGAGAUGUUUAAUUAAUGAUUUUCAUAAGAGUAUUUCUUAUCAUCCAUCACUAGUCAUUAACGGAUUCUUUCCUAGUUUAACUAUAAAAGAUAUACUUGAUGGAAUAGUUAGUGAUUUGUUGGAGCUGAGCUGUCCCAGCAAUACAAGUGAAUGCAUCGAUCUCAUUGAAAAAGUUUUAAAGAAAAAUCCAAAAGACAGACUAUAUUUAUUAAUACAUAACAUAGAUGGCAUAAUGUUACGUACAAAUAAAGCACAAGAUUUAUUAUCUUCACUUGCAAGCAUACCAAACUUGUGUAUUUUAGCAUCAGUUGAUCAUAUCAAUAGUCCACUGUUAUGGGAUCAUACGAAACGUUCGAAGUUUAAUUUUUUCUGGUGGGACACAACGACGUAUCUACCUUAUCAAGAAGAAACAUCUCACGAAGGUUCACUUUUGGUACAACAAAGUGGUGCUCUUGCUUUAUCAUCACUUCACAAUGUUUUCCUUUCUUUAACUACAAAUGCGAAAUCAAUCUACAUACUGCUUGCCAAAUAUCAAUUGAGCAAUUACAACGCGAAUUACACUGGUAUGGCAUUUAAAGAUCUUUAUCGUGCUGCGCGUGAAGGAUUUCAUGUAAGUUCUGAUUUAGCUCUGAGAGCACAACUGACUGAGUUUAAAGAUCACAAACUGGUGAAAAUAAAACGCAAUAUCGAUGGUGUUGAACAUCUUAUCAUUCCAUUAAGUAAUGGACUUCUAAAACAAUUUUUAGAAGAGCAUGACACAUGAAA